UUCCCGCUCUUUGCUUGUGUUUUUCUUUCUCCACCGAUUUCCCGGACCCCAAAAUUAUCCCCAAUUCCGAGCCAAAGAUGAACGAUUUAAAUCUGCGCGUGGCCGCCCUGAAGCUCUGCGCGCAUCCAAAGCGUUUUGCCGAACUCCGGGACGCCCUUGUCCCGCUACCCGAGCGCUGGAGUUCCGCUCCCUACGAAUACGUCAAGCAAUUUGCAGCGGCAACCAGCAGCGCGGAGCAGGUCUUGGUGGUCAAGGAUCUGUUUUACAAGGAGCAUGAUGAUCCAGAUCGAACGGUGCAGCACUUUCUGGCUGACCUACUGCUGGCCAGCCCGCUUAAGCAUGCCGUGCGCAACCAGCUGACCAAGCUCUUCUCGGACAAUGCUUUGGCCAAACAGGCGGUGAACAGACGCUCCAAGGAAUCGCUGCUGGCAGCACUGCGUCAGUCGCUGAGCGAAAUGACUGCCAGUCUGGUGGAGAGUGCUUCGGGCGCAAGCCAUGAUAGCUUUAAUGAUGUCUUUGUCUCGGCGAAUGCCUGCCUGCAAAACUUUCCUUUUGGCCGGGAGGCCCUUGGCGCAGAGGUGCAUCUGUUUAUGCCGCUGCUGCCCAUGGCCCUGGAGCGUUACUGGACGGAUAUUAGUGAUGCCCGUUUGGAGCUCUCGCCCACGCGUCGCAAUGAGCUGUAUUUGUAUGUACAGAAUGCCCUGCGCUUCCAGGUGAGUUUGCUGUCCGAGUGGAGCGGCGACCGUUGGCCGGUGAAGCACCUUCAGGCCACGGAUGCGGUGGCUCAGCGCGUGGCACGUCACGUGGACACGCCGUGGGAUGUCCGGUCCAUUGCAGGCCUGCUGAUCGGUCACCUGGCACGUUCCUCAGGCCAAUUUCGGGAGUAUCUGGAUGGUUGCGCCAAGCCACAGGCUGAGCGGGAUCUUCCCGUCCAGAUGGCGGCAUUGCUUGUUCUUCAACCAGCAGACUACACGGAGCAUGGGCCGCAAGCCUUGGCCAUCCUGCAGCUAAUUCUGGCCGUCGCCGAAACGGAGAGUAAUGUGAGCAACCUGUUGGUCUACCUCUCUAAGCAUCUGUUCAUCUACUCCAAGUCGCUGGGUGAGUUACCCGCCGGCCAGGAGGCCGUACAGCAGCGCAUCCUGGCCGAGCUCCAGCAUUUCGCCCUGCAGCAUAUCUCCAAUGCCACCGAUUCGGUGCGUCACAUGAGCAGCGCCUUGUUUCGACAAGUUCUGCAGCAUGCCCAGACCAGCGGGCAGGAGGAGCUCUUCCAAGUGGUCUAUUGCCAAUUUGAGGGUCGGGAGGCCUCGCUAAAUGCCAGCUGCCUGGCUCUGGAGCAGCUAGUUGGCGUCCUGGGCGUGGAUCAGGCCCUUAGGCAGUGUCCCUCGCUGUUUGACGUAAUAUUUCCACGUUUCCUGGGCUGCGAAGACAGCGUGGAUUCCCUGUUUAAGGCUAUGAUGAUAUCCGCCCACAAGACGCAACCCUUUGCGGAAUGGCAAAAGCUAUGGUUUGGCCAGCUGCUGGCAGCCACUCGAGUACAGGACAAACGUCGCUCAGCCAUCGAGCAACUCCUUACGCAGGCCGUGCAGCUGGAGCCACAGGCUUUGGCCCAAGUCCUCCUGCGUAACGACGACGAGGACGCACGACUGCCGCUUAGCAGCAAACUGGCGGCUAUUCUAAGCGUUCGCCAGCUCAGCGAACGGCGUCAGGAACUUCUGCGCGAGCUAAAGCAGGAGGUGGAGCAGGCCCUGCUGGGACUGGACGAUCACACGAGGCUUUUGGCGCUGCGCUUUGUGGUCGAGACGCCGCGGCCCAGUGAUCCGCUGACCCAGGCCGAAGCCGAGGCCAUUGGGUUGUAUCUGCGUCACAAUGCCAACAAUCCAAGCGCCCAUCUACGCCAGUUGGGUUACGGCCUGCUCCAAAAGGCACUGAAAAGGAUACACCUUGGCCUGGCGGAGCACCAGAAGCGCCCGACGCCAGUAGGCAAUGAGCUGUUACGCCUGCUCACCAACCUCAUGGUCCUGCUCUCGCGAAACCUCUUCCCCACGGCUAACUACGGUCGUCGCUGGCUAUCCCUGCACCUGCUUCGCGACUGUGUGGACCUGUGCCGGCGUCUACAUUUAAGCGACGUAGAGCAGCAGCUGCCUCCAGAGGCUCUGACCAAUUUAGAGCAUUGUCUGGGCGACAGUUACGAGCAGAAUAAGCUCCUGGCUGCCCAGCUGCUUCAGAAACUGCAGAUAAGCUCUCGCCUGCAGCCAGAAAAGAUGAUGGAGCUUCUUUUAUCGCUGAGGCCACCGGAUUCAGCGACGGGUGCCUUCCAGCUGCAGGUCUAUUGCCGGGCCAAGGAGGUGGAAACGGAGCUGCCUGUCCAGCACGAAGAAGUCAACUGUCACGAGCCAAGGAUCUACAGAGCCCUGCAGUGGUGCCUUCAGCAUUUGAGGGAGGGCCUAGCCCUGGCCCAACAGGAUCUGGCGGAGGCAGCCAAGCUGAAUCCGCUGUACGGGCUACUUUUUGCCAGCCGUCACCUGCUGCAGCAGCUCCGGCUUAAGGAACUGGUCCGAGAGCCCUGCUGGCGUCGCUACAUUCAGGAGCUGGUGAAUCUUUGCCUAGAGGUUAGCCGUGUGGUGCUGCCGGUGGUGAGUAGCGCCUCGCCGGAGGGCCACCUGCCCGAGACCAGGGACCAGGAGUUAAACCAACCGCUGCUAUCCAAUGUGUUUAGCCGAAGACUGCAAAGCGAAGCCCUGCAGCAGCUUCGGACCACGCCCCAGAUGGUGCUGCUGUGUGCCUGGCGUAGCAUCAAGGAGGUGUCUCUCAUCCUGGGCGAACUGGUGCAGCGGGCGCCACUAGAGGAGGAGCAGGAGCAGGGGCAGGACUACUUGCUUGCCAGCACUCAACUGGAGGAGAUCGGGGAGCUGUUCCUGCUGCUGCUGGCGGAAACCAAGCAUCGUGGUGCCUUCGAGCAGGCCUAUGUGGGAUUCACGCUACUCUGCCGCCGCUUCUGGCACAGCGAUGCAGUGCGUCUCAAUCAGUUGCCCGAUCAGUGGGUCAACGAGGCCAUGGCCAUGGUCAGCGGCGAGGAGGAGCAGCAUCAAGCAACGCGUCGCCUCUGCUCUACACGACGCAGUGCAGGUAUGCCCUUCAUGCUGCAGGCUCUGAUCUGCACGGAGCUCAAGCUGGGCACCCAUGCCACUCUGCAUCGUUGUAUGCGUCGCCUGCUGGAGGUGUGUGAGCGUCGGAGCCCCGGCGCAGUAGCCAUUACCGCCCGCAGUCAUGCCUUGAACAUAAUGCGUGCUCUGUUCCGAUGCAGUGAACUGGCUGAGCUGGUCACUGAAUUCGUGGCCCGGGGCAUUCAGUGUGCUCUGGAGAGUCUGCUGCGGGCGGAGGAGUGGGCGGAACGCAACUGUGCCACACUGCUGCUGGCCGCCCUUGUCGUACGUGUCUUUGGUGUGGAGCGGGCACGUCUGGAGACGGGUGAGCUGCAUGUACGCAACCGGAUGACGGGAAGGAUCUUCUUUACACGAUAUCCCCAGCUCUUUGACUACUUCCAUGCUGGGCUGCAGCGCGAGGCGGAGCAGAUGGAUGAUGGAACGACAGGUGGCAACACGAGCAGCGGCAAGCGAAGGCAAACUGUUCAGCUGGAGGCCAUGCUGUUGAUGCUUAGCCGUUUGUAUCCCUCAUCGCUGGAGGGCGCCGAGUCCACCUUGAAUCUAAGCGAAUUUGUGCCUUUCCUGCUGAGAAUUUGUAGCUCCCACGAUCUGAUGACCCGCGAGCGGGCGGCCUUGGUGGUGGCCAAUUUUGUGAGCCAAGAGCGAGCGCUGGCCGAGAUUAAGCGCACAAUUGUUGAGCUCAAGGUGCUACAGCUAAAACUGGACGACUCUUUCAGCCUAGAUGCCAAUCACUGCCACGGACAAUUACUCCUGCUCCUCCAUCUUCACCGACUGGCUCGCUGGACGCAGCCAUCGCUGGCCAGGCUGCAACUACACACACUCUCCGGUCUGGCUGAGCCCUUCCUGCGUCGUGAUAUCUGCCUGUUUAGCGCCCUGCUGGACGUAAUGGUGGCUAUUAUGGAGGAUGCCGUCGAGCCGGGCCUGGUGAAUGAUCAGCUUUUGGAGCAGCUUGCCGCUGUUUAUCGUUUGGAUCAUGCCGAGGUCUAUAGGCGCUGCCAGGAGCAGGGUAUAUCAACGCGUUUCUAUCAGAUAUUUUGCCUGCAUUUGCACCGAUUGCAAGGUCAUGUCCAGGGAAUUGUACAGCAUAUGGUCAAGGAUUUAACUAUCUCCAAUCUGCCUGCCGCUUUGGACGAACUCAAAGUGGAGUUCUGGCUGUAUAUACUGCUUCAGAGAUCAAGGACAGUAGCGGAGCCCCAACUGAUCAGCGACCUGGACAUUGAGCAUUUCCAGUUUGCUGCGGAUAUACGACGCUACCACGACACUCUCACGCCUGGCCAGCUUAGGGAGCUGGAACAGUUGCUGUAUACAUCCCAGGAGAUACAAUCCUGUGUCUUGCGAAUGGUCACAUCUCCCCAGCGUUGCUGGAACCUAGCGUUGGUCGGUCGCCUGGCUGCUUUGCAGCCGCUGCUCCAAGAGCCUGGAUUGCAGCUGGACGAAGUCAUUAAUCGAUGCUCUGCACAGACACCGCUGUCCAGCCAGCAGCAGCCGGGCUUAGUGCUAGCCCUCAAGCGUUUGAUACGGGAGAGCGGUAAACUGGACACGGACCACUGGCUGCCCCUGUUGGACUACGCCCUAAGCCUCAUCGAUCCCAUCCAGCCUGUGUAUCUGCGCCACCAGGCCGUCGACCUGUGUGACCUACUCGCUGGCAGCCAGUUGGCAGAGCAUAUGACUUCAAAUGUGGAGGUAAUGGGACGCUUUAUGCGACUUGUUCUACUCCUGCUGCUGGACGAGGCAGAGUGGGUGCGUCAUCGAGCCGCUCAGCUGGUGGCCAGCUCCAAAUUUCAACGGGAACUGGGCCAGGAGUUGGUUACAGGUGAAAGGAACAUUCUGCCCAGUGCCUUGAUACCGGAAUUCCUCAAUCUAAUCCUGACGAAUCUUCAAAAGCAAGGCGACGACUCCACAUCCUUCCUGCAGCGCCUGUUCCAGCUAAUCGCUGAGCCCUUUUUUCCCAAGGAUAAAACGAACGAAAUGGAUGUAGACGUGGAUGAUGUUGAGGUAUUUGAUAAGCAGGAGAUAAACCUGUACUGCGAAUCACAACUGGUUCUUUCCGAGAUAGUCACAACUUUGAACAAGAGAUUUCUAGAAACGAACCAGGCGGUUAUUGGACUUGAUCUGCCCAUUAUUUUGGUUUAAAGUUAAAUAAAUUACGGAAAUUAAGACGGAAAAAAGAGGGAACCAAUAAGA